AUGGGUAUUUCUCGUGAUUCUCGCCACAAGCGCAGCGCCACUGGUGCUAAGCGCGCCUUCUACCGCAAGAAGAGAGCCUUCGAGAAGGGUCGCCAGCCUGCCAACACCCGUAUUGGCACCAAGCGUAUCCACCUCGUCCGCACCCGUGGUGGUAACCGCAAGUUCCGUGCUCUCCGUCUCGAGUCCGGUAACUUCUCCUGGGGUUCCGAGGGUAUCUCCCGCAAGACCCGUGUCAUCGGUGUCUCUUUCCACCCCUCCAACAACGAGCUGGUCCGCACAAACACCCUGACCAAGUCCGCUGUCGUCCAGAUUGACGCUGCUCCCUUCCGUCAAUGGUACGAGGCCCACUACGGCCAGUCUGUCGGCCGUCGCCGCCAGCAGAAGACCGAUGCUCCUGAGGAGAAGAAGAGCAACUCUGUCACCAAGAAGCAGGCUGCUCGCUUUGCCGAGGACGGCAAGGUUGAGGGUUCCAUCGAGCGUCAGUUCGAGUCCGGUCGUCUCUACGCCGUUGUAGCUUCCCGCCCCGGCCAGAGUGGUCGUGUUGAUGGCUACAUUCUGGAGGGUGAGGAGCUCGCUUUCUACCAGCGUGCUAUCCGCAAGUAA